CUUUGGAUGAUCCAACGAACUGAGCCUUUCAAAUAAGCUUCUUCCAAAACCAGCCUCAUUGGACACCUAUUAACAUUUUUUAUUGUCAUCACAUGGAAAAAGGGCAAUGGGAGAGAAGGAUCGAAGGUGGUCGGGCCAAUUGGAAUUCCAUAACUCGAACUGGAGAGGAGAAGGAUCGAUUUGCAGGUUCAAUCGGAAGUAAAUAUAGUUCCAUAAUUGCGAGAUUAAUGAAUACUCACCUGCGAGGAAGACGAAGGGAUGUGCGAGCUAAGCCUGCGCGACCAAAGAACGCCAUUUUGCGAGUGAAGAUGGAGCAAGAGAAAGGCCCUGCUUGUGCGGCUAAAGAUGGGCCCUACUUGUGCGGCUAAAGAUGGGCCCUGCUUGUGCGGCUAAAGAUGGGCCCGUGGGAAUUUACUAACAGAAGGCUAAUAACGGAGAUAGCGGAGUCAUACGGUACGAGAGAUAUAAGGCAGGCAAAUUGCAAAGUUUACCAACAUUUAAGCAUAAUGUACAUGUCAACAUAGCUCACAGUACCACCAACAAAAUAUCUAUACCAAAAACAGACUAACCCUCAUUCACCCUUAUUAGAUUGUAGAGAUAGAAAGAGAAAGGAAUUGAAGGAUCCCACAUCUAAAACGCUAGCCCAUUUGUCAAAAAAAUCUAAAUGCACAUUUUUUGUGUACACACUUUUACACAUAUUUGUGUAGGUCUCUUUUUAUGUGUAUACAGACAAAAUGUAUUUCCAAAACCCUUUGGCUGUAUACAGACAAAAAAACUCUACACACACAUGUGUAAAAGUGUGUACACCAAAAAGUGUACCCCAAGUCCAACUUUGUCAAACUCUCGUUUCAUAUCGUUGAUGCCCAUUUGGAGAUAUCAUUUUUCACAUAAUUGUCCGGUCGGUUAUGGAAGGUUUGUGGGCCUGUGUCUCGAUGUGUUGAUACUUGAUCCACUUAUGGGACCUUGAUUGGUUCCAUUCUCAGAGAUUGUAUCCUUAAAGCCAUUUAAGAGAUCGGCCUGGCGGCGUUGGUUGUCGCUCCAUUUGACGUCCGAUUGACUGCUCGUAUGUUUCUCAUUGCGCUUUUCACCAUUCUAGCUGUUUGAAAUCGUUGGAGAGAACCUAAACUUGAUUUAAAUCUGGACUAUCAAUGAUAGCACCAAAUCAUGGCUUUGUCGAUCUGGGGUAGACAGAAACCGAUGGAGAGCUGGAAAAUGUUAAGUGUAGAUCGUGUAAGAAAUUUGACAGAGUAACAGUAAGACUGAGAUUACAGAAUUCAGACCCUUUCUACAAGUUGAAAGAUGAUAUUUAUGUUGUAUAAAGAAAUACUUAAUGAACAAC